AUGGAUUUCAGAGUACGUUUAGUUGUAUCUUAAUUUUUCGAACUUUUCUCAAAACUUAAGGAAAGCCAUGAGGAAAUCGUUGAAGUCGACGGGAAAACGUACACUUUGCUGCGAACUCUCAAAGUUUUUCUUUUUUUAAAUCUUGAAUUUGAAUAAGAAAAAAAGUUUUUUUGAUGCCUUUCAUCAAAAAGCAUUUUUUUCUAAGUAAUUACAUUUCUAAAUUAUCAGAGAAGUGUUCUAUAAACAACGAAAAACUAAGGAGGUCUAGCAUUGCCAGAACUUUCAUUCCCCACCAAAAUGUCUUUGGCAGCCGCCUUAUGUUAUAGCUACGGUAUUUUUAGCGACCGCAAAGCCCCGCCCCUUUUCGCGAGGGAAAAAAGGCCAUUUUUUUGGUAUUUCGUCUUUGAUUGUUUCGUACAGCCGAUAGAAACAAUGAAAAAUGAUGAAAAUUUCAGCAUAAAUGUAGAAAAGGUUCCUCUUUCCGUUGAAAAGGUUUUUAGGUGCUUUCCAUGUGUUUCAACGGAGUGUCGUACGGAAUAGUGACGCGAGUUCGAAAAAUAAACUUAGUUUUGCGUUUUGAUAUUCAUCUAGGUCGCGGACAAGGUUGAUUUUUUGAAAACUACUUAUAAACAGUAAAUGCAAUUUUUUAAGCCAAAAAAAUAAAAAUUCUAUGAUCGCCGAAAAAAUUGAGAGGCGCGCAAAGUCAAAAAUUGUUUUCUCAAUUGCAAUGCAGUAUUAGAAGGUUUUUAUGCUUUUUUCAUAUUGAGAAAAACAUUGCUCAAAUAAUACUUGUUGACAACUACAAGCAAAUGUACUGUUUUGAGUGGUAAAAAAGCUGGAGAAUUUUUUGCGAGUUGUUUUGAAACAUUUCCCGGUCGAGGACACGCGUUUCUUCCUACUCAUUUAUAAGAGUUUUUCAAUUUUCAAACAAACAAAGCAAUAAAAUCAAAAAUUCAAGAUCGCCGAAAAAUUUUUCUUAACAAAAAAGGUGAAUAAAAGUAGGCGAAAUAACAUUUUUAUGGGAUUCAAAGAGCACAGUAGGCUGUAUUUGUGCAGUCACUGAGACGAAAGUGAUGGUAAAGUGGAAUUACAGCUCGUAAAACCUUCUCUUUUGGCUCCUGAAACCGUGCCGACCUUGCAAAUAAGGGUGCGCGCAGAUUGCAUGCGAAUUCGCAAAACCAAAAUUUCAGUGCAAAAAGUUUUGCUUUUCGAUUACUUUUAAAUAUUGUUUUCUCCUCUUAAUCUUAAUAUUUUUCGUUUUUCUUUUCUGUUUUCGCAUACUACAUGUUAAAAUCAUUAUUUUUAUAACAAAAACGAGGAGCUAGCUUAAGUUCGAAAAAUAGGUCUGUGGUCCCUAGGUAUUUUUGAGCGGAACGAAUCUAAUCGAAAGUAACUGGAAUUUUCACUUUGAUUCACGAAAUGGAUUACAGAAAUUGCCGACACAAGCCUCGAACACGAUUUCCUUCCUGAUGUGCCAUUAUCCGGAAAACCUGCUCAGCAAGGAGCAAUGGGAAGAAGUCGAGCGGCUUGCAGACAGCAAUUCCGGUGUUUUUUUGAUUAUUUUCUGUCUUAAUAUAGGAUCUUUUGAAAGUUCUCUAUUUUCUACAUUUUCCUUUUUUAGAAAUGAUCAAACUGGUUUCAGAAACUAUUCAAUUUCAAGCUGUUUUAGUGACUAAAUACUUGAAAAGUCACAUUCAUUUGGAAACUGAAUAAACGGAUUCAUUAAUUCAUUUCAUCAUUUUUAAAAAUUUUUCUUUAGUUUUCAAAAUACUCAAAAUAUUAAUAGUUCGCCAAACGUGUCGGAUUGGAAGGUAAAUAUUUUUAUUUCAGAUAUGAACCCAAAUCAGCCAAUUAGAAGUUAUCGAUGGAGCGAGUCUGUCGAAGAAUGCAGGGAAAACGGCGUUUUUCUCAUCGUUUCGCGGUUCAUUGAGGUUUUUCUUUGCUAAUUCCCAUUUUAUUCAUCUUUCCUCUCUCUCUCUAGUUGCACUACGAAACAAGAUCAAUCGUUCUGAAGAAAACCGCUCUGCCACUCGAUCAUUUCUGCUAGUUUGUUGUUUCUGUUUCAAUUUAUCAGUUUAAUUUUUUCCUAAUAAAAAAGGAAGAAACAGACUUAAUGGAGUAUUUCAUUCUGAUUUUUUUCACAUAGAUAAAAUUUACAGAUCUAGGUGUAUUUAUUUUUUAUUUUUUGAUUAUAUAAGAGAUUCAAUGAAGGCGAUUUGUUGUUAUGAGAACUAGGUGAAAAAAAAUUGAGUCUGAUUUUGAAGCUUUUUAGAAGUUAUUUGUAAAGUUCCUUUUCUUGCAAACUUCUUGAUUCUGGGGGUUUUUUUUUCUGAGUCCGUCAACGACUACAGACCAAAGACAGAAGCCGUUGCAACGGUUUACAUAGCUGCCGGCGGCUGAAUCGGGGCGCCGCAGGUGGCUCCGUCCUCUUGGAUCCACAUGUUUUCCGACUGACCCCGGCUUUCGCCGAUUCCAAAGCCACACGUGUUUCUGUUCUUCUCAUUGUACUGUUUAUCAUAGCGCAAAUCCGCUCAUAUAGUCCGUUUUUCGCGACUUGAAAUGGCGGGGCUUCCCUGCGCCCUCCUCGUCUCUCGACGAUUCUCUCUUUUUGACGCGCUUUUUUCGCGUUUCUGUGACCGAAACAGAGAGACGCAGACACUCGAGAACUGUCAAGUCGACUAUAACACUGGUUGGAAUUCGAAAGAAGUCUCUUUUCAGCUGAAAACGGAAAGUUCAAGUCUUCGAUUGAUCAACUGUAUUUUGCUGACAGUUUUUUGAUUUACAAACCGAGAGUUUGAUGAUAUAUAAUAGUGAACUUGUCAUCUUGUGAGUGAACGAGAAAAUCUUAUUAAAACAAGAAAGUUUAAUUUUUUCCAUCUUGAAAUUUUGAUUUUCAGGUAAAAAUAAUGAGAAAGUAUUGAACUGAUUCAGGGAGAGAGAAAACAAAAACUGUAGAACCGGCGUUGGAAUCCAUGAUUUUAACGUAUUAAAAUGCCGUUUCCAGCAGUAUGGAAUAAAUUUCGAAGCCAAGUGCGUCACGUUUCGAAAACACUCGAAAUGCGUUCGCGCCGCGAAUAAUUCUAAACAACGACCGUUUGACGGCUCCCAAACAAAAGGCGCCUCUUUUUGCAUUGUCCUGUAUCUGAAUAUUUCCGUUAAGAAACACUUUUUUUUUAUUUAUUGGCAGUUGUUGUGUUACUUAGGAAGAAUUUUUGAAUCGAAAAAAGGAAAGUUCGACUUUUGAGGAGAAUUUCAAGAAUAGUUUUUUUUUCCAAAAUUUUCCAGUUUUCUAUAUUUGUAAACAUUUGACCUUCUUUUGGUUUUUCGCUUGAAGGAUUAGGAAAGCUGGGAAAAAAGAACCCUCUAGGCAGUUUGAUUCGAAUUUUCAACCCGAGAUCAUCAUUGGCUUCAAAGAACCGAUUUGUUUAGUAGGAAAUCGAAUCUGGAGUUUCUGGAUUUUCGAGUGUUCGAUGGCAAUCUCAACGGUACUCUUGUGUUGUUUUUGUUGCCUGGAUGUCUGCGGUCGACGACUCUCCUGAUAAGGGGCCAAUCGUCCUGCAGUGAUAAAAGAUGAUAAAAGCCAGUGGUUUUGAAGUCGCCGCCUCCUUCGAAAACCGCCAUCCCAUUUUCGUAUGUUUUAUCUCUUUCAGAUUCUAUGUCAGCAGUGAACAAUCAUAAUUAGAGGUGAACUUGCCAAAAAGAUGUUAGUAUAAAUAUUUUCAAUUCAUUUUUGUCCCGAAACUGCAGCAAGUCUUUCCAAGGACUUAUAAUCUUUCUCGGUAGUUCAGAAUAAUGUACUCCUUCCGCAAAAUCCAAAUUUUUCUGUGAAUUUUCAAAUUUUAGUCAUCUUUCUCGACGUCCACAUUCUCCCUACAUCUAUUUCAUGAAUUUUAGUACUUGUUUUUGAGAAAUAAAACAUUUUAAAUUUAUUUAUUUGUUUCACUCGCUUACGGCUUUUUCGAAUUUCGCAAAAUUACUUUGAAGCAAUCAACUUCAAAAAGUUAUAGAAAGAUCAAUCUUCAUGCAAAUAAUUUGAACAGAUCUUGUUCUAUCUUCACUGACAUUACAGUACGGUAUCCAUCAUAAAUAGAAUUUUUUUAUUUUUUUCAGCAAUGCGAAAACAAAAAGCUGAACAUUCAAGGUUUUAUUUUUUUGAGAAGAUUCAAAUAUUACAGUUGAAUUUACGUCCUUUAUAAGAAAGCUUAUAGGUUUAAAAAUUCGAUCAUAAUGAAAAAAAUUCUUAAUUAUUGUGUUUUUUUUUUUUGAACUCUCACCGUCACCUUGAGGUUCACAUGAAAUCCACUGAAAAUCUGAAUAAACAAUGAUAGUCGAGGCGUCGCGCCAAGGGAUCCGAGGGCCAAUAAAAACGCGUCGUUAUGUUGGGUCGUUGACGUGAGCCGACGGGUCUCACAGCCAAAACUUCUUCUUUUGAAAGUCUUUCGGUCUUUCGGCAACUUGUUUUAAAACGUUCAAAUGGUAUUUCUUAAGAGAAGUGCUGUGAGCUUUUUUUCUCAAUUUUCCCUUUGGAAGUUCGAUUUGACGAGUUUUUCCUAAAAAAACGACAUUUUUGGGAGAUAUUUUUUUGCAAAAAAACUUUUUUUCGUCUCUUUCUUCAUUUAAAUUUGUUCGUUAUAAUUAUAUACACAUUAAAAAUCUUUGAAAAACUUGCGAGAACCUAGGAAAAAAACAUCAUUUAAUGGUCUUUUUUUCCAACCACUAAAUCCACAAAACUUGACUCUCAUCCCCGCGCACCUAUUGCAAUAAACCGUGCCGCUGUUGCAGUCAGCCACGCCUACUGACCACAGCUGCCGCUCGUUUGGGAACACUGUGCUUCCCGAUGUCCAACAUCCACUUCUCUAGUUUCUUAUGGACUAAUUAAAAAUUCCUAUGAAGGUAAAAUUUGUGAUAUUUUCCUCGUUUUUCUUUCAAUAGGUUUUAGAUAGUUCACGGAUCCAUUCAGAGUAUUCAUUGUUUAACUUGAGGUAGAAAGAAGCUCCGUCUACAUCUUUGACCUGUGGUCGACGUUCCUUUACCUUGAAACGAUUCUUUUGAUAAAUCUCCGUAAUAAAUAUUUUAUGAGCUUCGUCCACACGAAAAACAUGUUUCUCUGGCCGGAGUGGCUUGUUUAGUACAAAUCCCUUAGGGCACUAUAGCAAAAUAAGAUAAAAAAGGAGGUUUUUUUCAAAUAGUCUCGAACAUAGCAAAAUGAGGAUUCAACUUUGCUAGAACUAUUUUUAGCGAUCUUUUUAAAGAAAAAGCGAAGGUUCUUGCAGAGUUGCAUAGAAUGCUCCUGAUUCCCACAGUAAAACCGUCAACGCCGGAGUUUUCCGCGCGAAGCCACACCCCUUCGUUCUAACGCCACGCCCACUUUCUGUGUUCCGACGUCUCUCUCACUCACGCCUUCCUUCGCGGAAGACGUCUUACCCUUUUUGUUUAUUUUACUUUCUUUAUCUUAUUGCUCAUCAUAAUUGCAAUGGAUAAAAAAAUAAUGUACAAGUUUUCAUGAUGUUUUUUUAAAUAAUUCUUGUUUGAAAAUCCCACGAUAAAAAAAUUUUAUUCGGGAAAUUUGCAUUUGUGAAGAUUUGGGCUGUCUAGUUUUCUCAACCUCCCAUUUUGCUCACUUUGAUAGUUUUUCUCAAAUUUACCUGCCUGGAAUUUUUUCUCUAGAACCAUUAAGUUGGUGGAUUUCUGAAAAGCUCAAAUUUCAGAACAGCCCAUCAGCACUUUAAUUAUCCUGAGUGCUGAUCGGCGAGCCAUGCUGCCGUGGUUACUGGUAGCUGUGGCUGCGGUCGUGGCAAGACCCACGGGUGUCGGAGAACGCGUUGACGUCAUAGUGUCGCAUCGGGAACGGCCGGGGACACAUGCGCGACUCCUGGGCGCAUUCUCGCCGGCCGGCAGCAACUUCGAGACUGUCGGAGACAUCGUUCAGGUCCGUUUUGCAUUCCGAAAAGGCUUCGAAGUACUGAGCCUUCGGAAAAUCAAGAUUUUUUUCACUUAAUUUUUUUCUUGCCACAGAGCAAUGUUUGGUAUCUUUGGAUUUUUUUUUCAUCUUUCUGAGAUCCAAAUAGAACGCAUUCAUGACUUGAAUGAAAGAAUAUAUUUUUUCGAACCUACAGUUAUUCAGUAAAAAAUUCCCAUUUUUUCAAUUCUUUUUCACAUCUUAUCCUCAAAAGCUUGACCCAAGCCUAAUCCCAAGAGGACGACAAACAUUUAAAAGGAAGGGCGAAUCGAAAAGGAACUUGCUGAGUGGUGAAUGGGUAAAGGGUGGUAGAAAGAGGAGAGGCGGCUCCUUUGAUCUUUCCCUCGCCUUUCUUCUGGACAGCCACUGUCCAAACACUGAUCAAGCGGAAAUCUCCCCAAAAGAAAAGUUUGAAUUUUUCUUCCAGUUUGAACUUUUUGAUGGUUCAGUUCUUUUAGGUUUGUCGAGAUUUGUACGAAAGAAAAAAGAGCGCGCAUAAUAUUAGCUUUUGAUCCUCGAAAAGCACUUUUGAAAAAAUUUCUUGGAAAAAAGAUACAGUCUAUUCUGGAAUCUGUUAUUUGGAGCAUAAACUAAUAUUCCUGAAUACCAAGGGCUGUUUUUUUGACUGUGCGAGGAUUUCGCGCCUUGUAAAAAUUCAGAAAACCAUUUUUUUGAAAAAAAAUUUUUAAAAGGUAGCCAGAAUUGGUUAGAAAAAUUGUUAAAUAUUUAUUUCUGUUUUUCUAUGCUUUUUUAUCACUGUGAUCUUCGGAUUGAUCUUCGUUCCAUCUUGUGAAGAUCCAAAAAUCAAUUGUAGGGAAAGCCCGAACUUUCUUUUUCCAAUUCUCAUCUUUUUUAUUUCCAGAUUGGAUUGAGCGGUAUUCCUUUCAUUCCGAACAUCUGGUCCUUUUUAUCACUUUAUUCUUUUUUUUGUAUUUUCCUGCAGCGUGGACCCGAUAGCAAACAUUGCGCCACAUAUAUAACACUCGAGAUGGGAGAUAAGAACUGGCGGCGAACACCUUUUCAAGUGUGCCGAGUGAUUGAAUAAUUGGCCCUUCUUCGUUCGCGAAGUUGCGACUUUUCUCGACAACUUGCUCAUUUUCCUCUUCCUAUCCAUUCAACCUCAAAAGUCGAGAUCCGCGGUCCCAAAUUUGAAACCUCCGUUGAAUCAACGAAAUCAGUUCCAUUCCAACUUUUUUUUUUACAGUUGUUUCAUGUUUUCAAAGAGAAGUUUUUUAUAUCGAGGACUACAAUUAUUUUUUGCGUUGAGUAUCCUACCAUUAUUUUUUUUCGAGGUAAAACUUUCAACUUGAAAGUUUAUUCAGUUCAAAAAGUUCAACUAUUCAGAAUUAAUUUGAGAUGUUUUUUUAAUUGUUCAUUUUUCUGCGAAAUUUUUGACGGAAGCUGAUGAUCUUUUUUUCUAAAUUUUUUUAACUGCACUGAAUUCAAUUUUUGUAAUCUAUAUUUUUUUAUUUUUCGCUUACAAAUAAGAACCUGUAUAAAGUUAUGGCUACUACAAGAAUUUGAAAUUUCAGAAUCAACAGGAAGGAAUCUUAAUUCAUUUUUCGGAGUUUGCCAAACUCGAAAGUUCUCUCAUAGAAGCUAACUUCUUUUUUGCGUAGAAGCCAUUUUAUUCAAAAAUCAUCUUUCAUCUGAUUUUCUCACAAAAAAAGCUCUAAAAACGUGUAGCUAUUUUUCUCGGCUGUGUUUCCCGUCUUCUGAUCGCUCCAGCUGUUACACGGGUUUCUGGCAACUUGAUUGACACAUCUCGUUGUUGUUAUAGUACCUUUGACCCAUAGGAGGGCGGAUUAUAUUCGAUUACCUGCAACUUGACACCCAUAAACUUGCACCAUCCCGGUGAUUACUGUUACUUCCGUCUCUUAUGAGUAGACUCGUCCUUUUGUUACAUGGAAAGAAAAUGAAGAGCGGUAAAGUGGUUGAAUUGACCAGCAAAAACUUUCUUUCAAAAAAUAAGUUUUUUCUCUUAUUUUCAGCCUAUAAUCCUCCUUAUAAAACGGAACAAAGGGGGGGUUUUUUUUUCUAUCGUGCCGACAGUCCUUUGUGCGUCGAAAACGAACGGAGAAAGGGCGAUAAAUCGGAUGGCGUUGGUCCCAAGAUUUUGCAACCAGAUGAGGUAACCGCCUUGGGUGGUCUUUUUUUCUUGAUAAUAGGGCAAAGUAUACAAGUGAGGACACACCUUAAAACCUCCGUUUUCUGAGACUUCUAGAUUUUUGGGUGUGCUUGAAGCUACUCAAAUUAGGUUAUUUGGUACUUCGCUUUUUAUUUUUCUGUUGAUAGAAACCACUCAAAAUAAUUUUUUAAGAAAAGCAAGUCGGUCCAAUAAACUCCGGCUACACUUUUUUGUCCUACAACUCCUUUUCUAACGAUACUUUCCACUCUUUUGCUACAAUCCCGAUGUUCUUAUGGAAUUGAAUCAAGUAUCUUUUUUUUCCCUGCGCAUCAGCUAGCCGAUUUACCCAAAGGAUCGGAUCCGGCGAAAAACGUUUUCUUGUUUCAAGAAAGCUCCUCUCGGCUUCCAAUAAAGAAGGCCGCUGGGACAAAUAAUAAGAACGAAUGGAUGCGUAUGUGUGUGUCUGUGUGUUGUGUUGAAUGUUUUUCGACACUCGUCGGAAUCCCUCUAGGGACUGCUCCAUUUGUCGCGGCGCCCUUGAAUGAAUAUAUAUUUGCCCCCGGCGUCGACGGCUUCUUGCGCGAAAUUAGCAAACCUUUUUUGUGAUUCCAUGAAAAAUUGUUGUUGAUAACGAAUAUUCAGAUCUGCUGAGGAAUUUUGAGUUGAAACCUUUCAUAGAUAAGCGUGUAUCGAUUUUUUUUUCCAAGAUUUUGAUAAGGAAAAAAAAUUUCAUCUAAUUCUGAUAUUUGAAAUCAAAAUUUUUCUUUAAAAGUGAUCUACUUAAAUUUUUCCAUUACCACCCAGAUUCAAAUUUUCUCAUUUGUGUUCCCUUGUUGAGUUUAAGUCCGAAAAUGUAAACCAUGACAAAGCUACGAUUAUUUGAAGGCAAGAAAAAAAAUAAACUUGGUCGAAAAAUCAUCUACAUAAGCUUUGAAGGUUCAGAAAAAGUUAAUCGUUAGACCGAAUACAAAAAUUCGAAGUCGAAAAUAGGCGGAAAUCGUCAAAAAAUCUAUUUUGAUAGCUCUCCUUACCGGUCCAGCCUAACGAUUCGAAUAACUCUAUCGUCGAUUUUCCAACCAGCUGCAAUAUUCAUGGUCAAACUCUCGUAGUAGUUUGUUUGUUUGAGAAUGUUUGACACGCCGGAAGAGAUGAAACAUGGCGAGGGAGUUAGACUCAAUUAGGGCCGGGUUCGGCUCUGUGUUCAUCAUUUGGAGAAAAAAGAAGAGAAUGAUAGGGAUUUUCAACAAUUAUAUUUUCAUCUUCGAAACACUUUGAAAAGAAAAAUUCCGAGCCGAGAUGACUUUUUUCAUGAAAAGAGUAUAGGCCUUACCGAUUCCAGCUUCAAAAAUGGAAGGCCUCUUGCAUCCAUAUUUGGCCAGUUAGCGACUUUUUAGUGGACCUCAUAUGAAAUAAGGAUAUUUUCAUGCAAAUUCAUCGACGUUUGUAGUUUCUGGGAAGUGGGAGAUGGGGUGAAAGAAGAAAAUGGAAUGGAAUGCUAACUCGAUUGUCUUCGUCGGACCCCAUUGCCGUUGCCUCCUUUUUCCACAAAUUGAGCUGUUUUAGUCUCACGGCAAAUGAGCCGUCCGUUUCUGUUUGUAUUUUGCAAAGAGCGGCUCAGCCAAGGGACUUGCUUAGGGUCCUGCAGAUACAUUCCAAGGCUUUCAGUUUGAAAUUAUCGAGGUGUCGUUGAGAACGUCGACAAUUUCCUAUUUAUAUCGCUCAAAUUCGAAUGAAGUUUAAAGCUUUCUUACUGCUCUUUUUUGUUUGAACCCGCGUCAAGAGCUACUAAUUUCUAGCCAUCGGAAAAAAAAACAUUUCUGCUCAGUUUUAUGAUUCUCAUAAUUCCGCUUAUAAAUUAACAAAAAGCUUUAAGAACUAUCCGAAAAUUGCUUCAGCUUUCCGAAAACGCUACGAUGAGAAAAAGGACACGAUUGAGAACGUCAAUGUGCACCUGGCCGAAAACGCCAUCCAAUUUCUGAAAUAUUAUUAUUAGCCUCUUUCUCCGCGCACAAAUUUAUGGUCACGCGCCAAAAUUGCCUUCGCUUCGUCGUUUCGUUUUUUUUUUUUUCGAAACGUUUCGAAUAAAAAAGAAGCGUUUUUGAGAGGAAUGAUGCCUUUUUUUUGCUAGAGGGACUCACUAGGAAACGUUUUAACCCCCCGGUUGAACUUUUGCUGAAACUUUGGUGAAGUGUACUUUAGGACUCCCUGAUUCCAGAACAAAAAGAAAAUUUCGCGCAAUAGAUCUCGUUUUCGAGUUAGGACACUUCAAAAGCCCGAAAUAGCGCUUUUUUGGCCUAAUUUGCGUAUUUUUCACACUUUGAAGCACUAUAACUCGGAAACAAGAUCUAUUGCGAGAAAUUUUUUUCUUGAUCUGCAAUCAGGGGGUCAUAAAGUACACUUCAGCGAAGUUUCAGCAAAAGUUCAACCGGGGGGUUAAAAACGUUCCCUGGUCAGUAUAAAAUAGGGAUUUAUUUUUUGUUCAGGCCCACUCACAGCCGACGAACCAAUCAAUCAAUACCAGUCUUAUAUCUCAUAAAAAACGGAACGGAGCCGAAUUUUUUACGACGUCGCCUGGCCUUCGGUCUCGUCCUAAUCCGCGCGCGAUUUUUACGAGCGACGAGGCGGCAAAGCUCAAAAAGAGGGCUGCGGCCGACGGACGGUUCUGUUGGCCCCACAGUCUGGCAUCUCCUGGACGACUCAUACGCAAGAUUACAACGCGCCGUUGAUCCUUCUCUUUCUGGGGGCUUGCAAGAAGAAGCUGCACGAUGAGGGUUUUUCGCUCAGAACUUCUGAAACUUGACCAAGAAAGUUUUCAACCAAUCAGAUGACCGUCGACUUUCCUUGCCAUUUUUUUUUUUAAAGAAUACCUUUAUUUCUUUCUUCGAUUCAGCGCUCGAAGCUGUGAAUGAGUUGAAGAAAAAUUUGAAAAACAUGAACGGAAUUUUUUGUUCUUCUCAAUUUAACCAAAGUUUUCAGAGGAACUCACACAAUAUAAAUGAAAAAUAUAGAGGAAAACGUGAUUUACGGUAAUUCAAAAAAAAAAAGAAGCUCAUUUCUCGAUCAUUUGUGAGUUUUUAUCUGUAUUUUGUCUGUUUUCUAAAGGUAAUAAUUUUUUCCAGUUUCUUAAACGUCCCUCCCUACAUUUUGAGCUUGUUCAAAUUGAAGUGUUUGCAUGGUUUUUUUAAUGGCAGCUUUUUUUGAUCUCAAUGAUUUUUUUCAUUUGAAAUUUAUUAUAAAAAAAUAGUUGACUCAUAAUUCCUUUUUUAUGGUGGUUUUUUUGUCUACUUGCUGACCUAAAAAGGUUUUUAACCAUCAAUCGUGCCCAAGCGCGCCAGAUGGCCAUCCAGCGGCAUCAUAAGAUGAUCGAUUACGAACGGCCCAAGUCCUAGUCCCGAGUUUCUUCUCAUUCAUCUUUCUCAAGUGGAACUGUCUCUUCGAGGGGUUUUCAUUUCGCUUUUGCCUUACAACUGAUCCGAAUCGUUUCAUUUCUAAUUUAUCGACCUUGAUCUAAUUAUGCAAAUAGCCGGGGCCGUUUUUCAAUUUCCGGAGUGGCCUCUUAAGCGGUUUGAUUUAUCUCCUUCCGACCCUGCGAUGGCUUGAUUUGUGGGGCUUCCUGUUGCUCAAAAAUCUCAUUUUCGACCGGAAAGGAGGUUUUCUUUGUGGUUAUUUUGAGAAAGUUUCCCUGAAAGUGCUAUUUUUUUAGUUUAAUUUGUUAAUAAGUCUAAAGAUGUAUGAAAAAAGAAUUUUUAACAUUACUUUUUUGCCUUUACAGUAGUCUCUGAGCUUCUAUGUAAUUACAAAAGUUUAAUAUCGAUUAAGAUUUGAGAAAAAGCUAACUUAGCUUCAAACGAACUCAAAUUGCCUCUCCGCUACUUUUUACAAGAACAAAAUGGUAGGCGUGGCGGCGGUUUUUAUUGGCUGAGCGGCGGAGAUCAAAGGACGUCCUAAACUCCCAACGACCCUUAUUUAUGCGUUUUCUCCGUCCCCUCGGCGACACAAAAUUCGCAUUUGACUGCAGGACACAAAGGGCACGGCAAAUAAAACGCGAUCGGCUUUUGUAAUUCAUAUUUUUGAAUGAUUACCUACUUUUCUCUUUCUUUCAAAUUUUGAGGUUCGUCUCAAAAAUACGAGUUUGUUCGGAAUGAUUUAGUUUGAAAUAGCUUCGAAACUUUUCUAACAAGAGACGUUUCUCUAAAUUUGAAGUUUGAUGAAAUUACUUAUUUUUUUCUUAUUCUAGUAUUCUUAAACUUGCUAUGCCAAUUUUCAAGAAAUAUCAAAAAUUUCAAGUAGAAACAUCUCUCGUCAUUUAUCCCAUGAACUCAACUUUUUGCAAAUAAUUCACUUUCUCUCAAUUUUGUUUUUGGGUAUCAACAAAACCCAGUUCGGUUGCAGGUUUCGUCCUUCCGAGCAUGCGACGCCCGUCGGAAAGGCUUCGACCGAACCGUUUUCGGACACGUUUCUGUGGUUUUCGUCGACGACGUCCAACCUUUUCUGACAGGAUGUGUCGCUCUGGAUAAUCAGGUAAGCUCUCUGAGAAAUAGAAGGUUCACUCAGUAAGAGACAAAAAUAGAGAGCAGAAUGAAUCCUGACAUGAUUUUUCGCUUUUUUCUGGUUAACGUGCAAAAAAAAAAUUUUCUGAUAUUUUUUAAAAUUCAAUCUUUUUUUGUGAAAGCAUUGAUAAUGUGUAACAAUACGUAUAUUUAGAAAAGAUAUUGUUUUUUUAAGGCGAGGUUUGCCGAGAAAUCCGGAGCUUUGGCCUUGAUCGUCGGCCCUGCCUCAAGAGUUGAACGCAACGUCAAACCUAUAACGGUGAGUGGAAGAUGAGGGAAAAGUUUGAAAAAAGGGUCGUUCUUGAAAAUUCUUGAAGCAAAAAUACGGAACAUUUUUUUGUAGUCAAAUGUUUUGAGAACGAAAGUGAUUGUGAAAAUCGUCAGAAUAUUGUGUCUUCUUUUCAUGAUAUAUUAGGUGUUUCAGAUCGGUGGCGCGAAGAUUCCUGUAGUCGUUCUGGAUGACGAGGAGACGGAACGACUUCGAGAAGAGCUCCGAAGAGCCAACGCCGCCGGAGCCGUCGCUCGACUUCGACUUGUCUUCGCCGAGCCCAAGAACACGCAUGUCAUCAAGCUCCAGGUUUAUUUUACAGUAAAAAUAAAAAAUAGUUUUCCGGAAGGGUUAGAGAAACAAUUGUUCACAUUUAGAGGCUUUUGCAGGUUUUCCGUCCUUCCGUCCUGAACAUCUGUCUGGUCGGUCUCCUGGCGCUCCUGGUGAUGUUCGUUUCGUUGCUCGUUUUCCUCAAGAUCCGCUGCCGAGGCUCCGUUCACCGCGAGAUUUGGCUCCGAACUCUGGCUAGGACCGCCUUGGCCAAGAUGGAGAUCAGAAACUUUCAAAAGGUUUUUUCAUUUUCUCCCCAUUGAUAAAAUGGAUUUCUUGUAGCCAAGUCAGCUUGACAAGAAUGGUCGGAGACAGAAGCGAGGCACUUUUUCUCGCUUGAAAUACGCCAAAACCUCGAGAAAUUCGUCGUAUUUGGCUGUUUUCGGAUCACUAACGUCCGUAGCCAACACCACGAACAGUCAAGUGAGUUUUCACUCGAAUCAAACUUUCUCGUGAGCCAAUUGAUGGUUCUCUGAGCAUUCUAUAGAUCAGGAGAUGUAUGCCAUCCUCGGCGUUUGUUCUUCAUGAGGAAACGGAGAAACUUUAAAAAAACUUUUUCGGCUUAGGGAGCGCUAUUGAAGAUCAAAAACUGAAUAUAACUUCUUAUUCAGUUAUUCAGUUUGAGAUUUCGUCCUGAAAAGAAUUGAUUCAAAGAUUAUCUAAAUAUUUUUUCACAUUCAAUGGAAAUAAAAAGGAAAGCUUCAGAUUCCUCAAUUUCGAAACCCCCAAAAUAUAAAAGGUAUAUCAAUCCGUUUUUAGGUUUGAGAAAGAUUCGAAAACAUGUAAUAUAGUGAAUUCUUCCUUUUUUUUUGUUCUAGUGUAAUGUAUGAGAAAAAGAAGUUCACACUUGGUAAUUAAUAGUAAUUUUCGCAGGAAAGAUGCGCGAUUUGCCUGGAAGAGUACGACGAUGGAACGGAGCUCCGCGUGCUGUUUUGUGGCCACGAGUUCCAUCCGAAGUGCGUGGAUCCGUGGCUUCUGGCGCAUCGACGAUGUCCGCUGUGUCAGUUCGACGUCGUCUAUCGCCAGUAUCCCAAGGUCGAGUCUCCCGAGAAGUCGACCAGCGAGUGAGUCUGACCUUCGAUCUCUGAAAGUAGCUGGGGAUUGAGACCGACGACGCCGCCUUCGGAAGGAGUCUCGUCUCCGUUGUUGACAGCGCCGCCGGUGCAGCAGCUCUCCGUGUCGCCGCAGUUUGAGGCGGCCAAUCGACGGCUUCAGGAACAGAUUCGGGCCGCUCGGAGACAGCCUCCGCGGACACGUUCCGUGCCACGACGACGGCAGCUCCGGCCUCGGGAUCAGCUGGAGACUGCCAUUCGCAUCGGAGGGUUGGUCGUUUUCCCUCAGAAUCCGUAUGAAAACUCAUUUUCGCAAAGAAAGUCAUUUUAGCUGUUGGAACUCUUUGAAAGUUCGUUCGAACAUUUUGGUUAAUUCUUGCAGUUUUUCCGAAUUUUUAAAGCUCCAAAGUUUUUGUUCAGUUUUCAUUUUCACAAAAUCUUGAAAAAUCUCCUCCAAGAAAAAUAUCGCGCACGAAUCUCUCUCAGUAUUCCCCAAGAUUUUUCAAGUUACCUAAUAUAAAAUUUCUAAAUUUUAACUAAAAUAGCCUGAGCUGUUAGCUGAAAUCUAAUGAUAGUUUGAAAUUAAUUCAGAACUCGGUUUUUCAAAUUUCUAUAUACGAUGCCUUUUUUUUUAAGAAAUCAUUUUCAAAAAAACAGCUAGCCAUGGAGCGCACUUACAUCAAAUAUAAACCUAUGACGGCUAUUUUGUCGGCGGCUCAUUUAUACGCAUAUUCUGUCCUGUACCUGACCAGUUACACGACGUUUUGCCAUUCGAGAAUUUUUUAAGUUUCAGUUAUUCCUCGGACGUCUCCUCAUCGCACGCUGAAGUCUCGCGCAACUCAACGCCUAUAGUUCUAUAG